CUACGUGCGCGCGCAGACUUGGCACAGAUCUGCGAGGCCAUCGGCGCGUCCCCACCGCCUGCGCAUCCCAAAACCCGCGACGCGUCGCCGUAAACACGACGGCCCAAGGCGCAAUUUCCUCAACACCCCGCCCACAAGCUCCUCUGCUUGCUCGCCGCCAUGUUUCUGCCAGAGGACCUCCUGUUCAAGCAAGGCGCGCUCGCGCACGUCUGGCUCGCCUCAAACCAGCAGAAGAAGCUCACCAAAGCACAAGUCUUGCAGCACAAGAUUCCCGAGAGUUGCGAGGUCAUCAUUCGACCAGAGGUGGCUGCUGGCGGCCCCCUCGCCCUGCGGUUGAACGCGCAGCUGCUUCUUGGUGAAGUGCGCAUCUACCACAAGAAGGCCCAUUACCUGCAGGAUGACUGCAAUGAAGCUUUGUGGAAGAUCAAGAUGGCCUUCCGUCCCGGAAACAUUGAUCUUCCCGCCCAAACUCAUGUUGCCAACCCCACUAACUUGAUACUGCCGGAUCAAAUCACCGAUCUGGAUUUGCUGGCUCCCAUGCCAGACCCUUCAUUCCUACUGUCGCAACCGCUCAGCGGCAGUCUUGACCUUGGAAAUACCACCGUGCCUGACUGGGACAACAGCCAGUUUCUCUCUGGCAGCAUUGAGCAGCCCCGCAUGGAGCCAAUGGAGCUUCCCGACGACGAUCUGAACCUGGACAUUGGAGAAGAUGACGAUUUAGAGCCGCCAGCGCCAUUCGAUGAAGGCACGAGUAUCGAGAUGGGACGUAACGCCCCAUUGGAGCGCCGCCAAUCCGAGGAGUUUACUGGGCUGGACAAGGGCCUUGUGAUUGACGAUGAUGAUCUUGGAAUCGAUCUUGGCGAAGACGCUCCUACAGAACUUGCUCCGGCUCCAGAACUACACCUCGAUGAUGAUGUGGACAUCACCAUGGGCGGAAUGACUGAAACAGUAGCUCCAGCAAGCUCGAUAGCAGGUGAUUUGCCUAUGCGACAGCGUGAGGAGUCACCCCUCUCUGAACUCGGAGAGGAAGAGGCCACUCGUCUUGAGCAGGAAAUAGCCGAACAGACUACCACCUUUGAGCCAGAGCCGGAAGAGGAAGAGGAGGAAUCUAUCCACCAAGCUCGGGCCAAGCGCAGGAGGGUUAUUGGAGCGGACGCCGAAACGAUGAUCUCCAGCCACCAGUUGAGGGAGCAACAGAACAAUCGUGAGAAGAUUCUGAAGCCUGCGUCAUUCCUGCCCCGCGACCCCCUUCUCAUGGCUUUGCUCAACAUGCAAAAGUCGGGAGGCUUUGUUUCCAGCAUUCUUGGUGACGGUCGAAGCCAAGGCUGGGCCCCAGAGCUUCGCGGCAUCCUUUCGUUGGAAGUGAUAUCUCGACCAAGCCAAAAGCGCAAGCGAGACGGUGCCAACAACGAAGUUGAAGCCGAAGAUGAUGAGGCCACAGCUGCUGAGCGAGAGAAGACGCCCCAACUACAACUGGAAUUUGAGCAAGACGAGCCAACCCUAGAGGGCGGCGACAUGGGCAUUGGAGGUGACAACACCAUGCUUGGAGGAUCCGAGGACACUAUCCAGCUGCCCGAUGAGCCAGGCUUCCAACAAGCCGGCGAGGAGGAGGAAGACGUCUUUUCUCCUAUCCCAGACAACUUUGACGACACAACCGCUCCUCUUGUCCAUCCCGAAGAGGCUGGACCCGUAUCACUAGGCACAAAGCACGCCGUUCACUUCUUGCGAGAGCAAUUCGGCCCUGAAGCCGAGGAGAGCGAAUCCGAACGACAAAAGCGCAGCAUCGUCUUCCAGAACAUCUUCCCAGAAGCCAGAACAUCACGCACUGACGCAACCAAGAUGUUCUUUGAGAUGUUGGUGCUGGCAACCAAGGACGCCAUCAAAGUUGAGCAGCCAGCCAACGAGCUUGGUGCCCCGCUACGCAUUCGUGCCAAGCGCGGUCUUUGGGGACAGUGGGCUGAGACGGGAGCGAGCGGUGAAUUGGCUUCUCAGACCCAAGCUGCACCUACGGGAGAUGUUGACGCGCCUUCCGAGGCCAUCCUCCAAGGACCACCCGAAGUUGGUGUUUCUGCUUAAGAAAAGUAAAAAAGUUAGACUUUUGGGAUGCCUAGGGUCAAGGGGCUUGUUCUCAUCUGGCAGGCGUUGGCUGGAUACCCUUUAUUGCUGUACGAUUUUCUCUUCUGGUACUUGGGACGUUGAAACACGGCUGUUUUGGUAUGGUGACAUUGGCGUUGAUGUUUGGAAUGGAGCUUUUGCGUUAUAGGGUGGGUUUUGGGUUAUUAUUUUGUAUUAUGCGUAACGUGUUUCACCAGUGUGCGCCCCACCCCAGUGUGCGCCCCAUCAAAUCCUACUAACUCACUUUCACAUUAGUAUUACGC